AGGGUUUGACGUCAGCAGCAGCAGCCGGCGGCCGCACGAGCUGGUGGUGUUUUGUUUAUUUCACAUAACAUCAAGUUUGUGGAUUAUGUCCGGAUUUGAAAGCAACCCGUUCGCAGACCCGGUGGACGUGAAUCCUUUCCAGGAUGCCUCAGUCACACAGGCCCCAGCAGAGCUGCUGAAAACUUCGGGGAGUUCAACCCCCUUCUCUGCCACUGGGCCGGAAAACCACACUGGCACGACCAUCCCCUUCUCAGCUGCCUCAUCUCAACCCGCCAUCCUGCCGACAUCUGUGGAACAGACACCACAAGCGGCUGCAGCUGCUGCCCAGGCCAACUUGCUCAAACAGCAGGAGGAGCUGGAGAAGAAAGCGGCCGAGCUCGAGCGGAAAGAGCGCGAGCUGGAGAAUAGGACUGCAGGCGCGGCGUUGAAUGCUGGCGCCAAAGAAAACAACUGGCCGCCUCUUCCCAACCUGUGUCCCAUCAAGUCGUGUUUCUACCAGGACUUUCAGGAGGACAUCCCUGAGGAUUACCGCAGGAUCUGCAAGAGAAUGUACUACCUCUGGAUGUUCCACAGCGCCACCCUUUUCCUCAACGUGCUGGCCUGCCUGGCGUUCUUCACCGCUGAUAAACAGAGCGGUGUGGACUUUGGUCUGUCCAUCCUCUGGUUCCUGCUCUUCACUCCCGUCUCCUUCAUCUGCUGGUACAGGCCUGUGUACAAGGCCUUCAGGUCUGACAGCUCCUUCAGCUUCUUUUUUUUCUUUUUUGUGUUUUUCUUCCAAGUGGCAGUGUACAUCAUCCAGUCAGUGGGCAUCCCCCGCUGGGGAAACAGUGGUUGGAUCUCAUCCAUCAGCAUGAUCGGCACAAACCUGCCUGUUGCUGUGGUUAUGAUGGUGGUGGCCGGUUUCUUCACUGUAAACGCUGUUCUGGCCGUCAUCCUGCUGAAAAUGGUCCACUCCAAGUACCGCCGGACGGGGGCCAGCUUCACUAAAGCUCAACAAGAGUUCUCUCAGGGAGUUCUGACCAAUCGAACCUUCCAGUCGGCUGCAGCUGGCGCUGCCGCCUCCGCUGCCCAUGGAGCCUUCAGUGGCAACUAAGGAGUUUCUUCUCAUCCUGAUCCUCCUGGCGCAUGUUUAACACAGCAGACUAUAGCCACACCCCAACAAAACAGGCCUUCUUCAGUUACAGUUAGGGUGGGUUAUUAUUAUUAUUCAUUAAAAUGGGUGUUUCAAAAAAGGUUUCCUUUAACCGGUGUCCCCCAAAACUAUGGGUUUUCAAAAACAUUAACUGAGCCAAAAUCAAUUAAUGAAGGAAAUGGGGGGGGGGGGGGGGGGGGUUUAGACAUUCAAACAUCUUACCCCAAAAUAACUUGAAUGAAAAUGAAUAAUUAAUCAUUAGUACUUAACUCAUCUUGAUGUCAAUAGAGUUAAAGCUAUGCAGUGAAACUCCACAUUAACGUCACAAACUUCAAAAACUAUAGAUCUACAAAUUGUAGACGUGGCAUUAAACUAACACCAUGAAAUAAAUAUUUAAAAGCCCUGGAGGCUGCUGGUGCCGACCGUUGGCCUGCAUGGUGCCCGCUUGAAACGACGUGUGCCAGUCUACGCUGUCUGUGUGCGACGGCUGUGCAAACAAACGAACACUGAAGACGUCAAAAUACACAACUUAAACGGUGAUUUAAAGAAUUAUCUCUGUUCAUGAUUUAACGUGUUCAAAAAUCAUGCUGUCUGAAUUACCUGACUAGUUGACAAAAGGUAAAAAAACAAGUUAACUAGCUGGGUACUAGCUAGUUGUAGCUGACUGUUAUAACGUCAUCUCAACCCAGUUAAAAACAACUAUAAGUACUAGUGGCUGCACUUUGAAUAAUAGUUAAAUGUUGUCAGUUCAUGAUGCUGAUUAAUAUUAUGAAGGGCUUUAAGUGGCGUAAUCAUGGAAAAAAAAAAAACUUCCAUGAGGUUUCCUUUUCGGAUACAAUUUUGGAAGUUUGCGUCACGAUGCAACAGACUGUAAGAAUCUACAGGGUCAAUUACUUUUGCCUUCUAGCUUUUUUUAACUUAAUUUUGGAGUUUCCACAGUGGGCUCCUGCCCUGUAAAAAGGACAAGAUCUGUGUGGAAAUGAGAACUGAAGGUGGUGUAACAGGACACACUGCUGAUGCUGUUUGAAUGUUUUGGGUGGGUUUUUCUCCCUCCGGUGUAUAACGUGUAUAAGCUGGUGAUUAGUGAACGGUGAAGGGAUGAAGACUUAAACAAAA